AAACGGCCCGAGCCCUCACUCAGCAGCAGAGGAGCAUGCUUGGAGCCUUCCACACAACAUAAGACAGAGGAAAUCCUUAAGACAUGGCUGAGGCUAAGGCUUAUCGAUUCGGAGCAGUUCUGCUUCUUAUCCACUUAAUUUUCCUCGUCUCUGGAGCCGAAGCAGCUUCCUUCCAGCGAAACCAGCUGCUUCAGAGAGAACCAGACCUCAGAUUGGAGAAUGUCCAAAAGUUUCCUAGUCCAGAAAUGAUCAGGGCUUUGGAGUACAUAGAAAAGCUCAGGCAGCAAGCUCACAGAGAAGAAAGCAGCCCAGACUACAAUCCCUACCAAGGCAUCUCUGUUCCUCUUCAACUCAAAGAAAACGGAGAAGAAAGUCACUUGGCAGAGAGCUCAAGGGAUAUACUGAGUGAAGACGAGUGGAUGCGGAUAAUACUCGAGGCUCUGAGGCAGGCUGAAAACGAGCCGCCAUCUGCCCCCAAAGAAAACAAGCCCUAUGCCUUGAAUCUGGAGAAGAACUUUCCCGUGGAUACGCCUGAUGACUAUGAGACUCAACAGUGGCCUGAAAGGAAACUCAAGCACAUGCGGUUCCCUCUCAUGUAUGAAGAGAAUUCCAGAGAAAACCCCUUCAAACGCACAAAUGAAAUAGUCGAAGAACAAUACACACCUCAAAGUCUUGCUACCCUGGAGUCUGUGUUCCAAGAGCUUGGGAAACUGACAGGGCCAAACAACCAGAAGCGUGAGAGGGUUGAUGACGAACAAAAGCUCUACACGGAUGAUGAAGAUGACGUGUACAAGACCAACAACAUUGCCUAUGAAGAUGUGGUGGGAGGAGAAGACUGGAGCCCCAUAGAGGAGAAAAUAGAGACUCAAACCCAGGAAGAGGUGAGAGACAGCAAAGAGAACACAGAAAAAAACGAACAAAUCAACGAAGAGAUGAAACGUUCAGGGCAGUUGGGGCUCCCUGAUGAAGAUAACCGGAAAGAGAGUAAAGACCAACUCUCAGAGGAUGCCGCCAAAGUCAUCACCUACUUGAGAAGGAAUUUGCAGAUACCCCCUGAAGACUUAAUUGAGAUGCUCAAAGCUGGAGAGAAGCCAAAUGGGUUGGUGGAGCCAGAGCAGGAUCUGGAGCUUGCUGUUGACCUAGAUGACAUCCCAGAGGCUGACAUAGACCGUCCAGACAUGUUUCAAAGUAAGAUGCUCUCCAAGAGUGGGUAUCCCAAGGCACCUGGUCGUGGUAUGAUAGAGGCCUUGCCUGAGGGGCUCAGUGUUGAGGACAUUUUAAAUGUUUUAGGGAUGGAGAAUGUAGCAAAUCAGAAGUCCCCAUAUUUUCCCAACCAAUAUAGCCGAGACAAGGCUCUGCUGAGGCUUCCUUAUGGUCCUGGGAAAUCUAGAGCCAACCAGAUUCCCAAAGUAGCCUGGAUUCCAGAUGUUGAAAGCAGACAAGCACCCUAUGAAAAUCUGAAUGAUAAGGACCAGGAAUUGGGAGAAUACUUAGCCAGGAUGCUAGUUAAGUACCCUGAGCUUAUGAAUACCAACCAGCUGAAGAGAGUGCCCAGCCCAGGCUCCUCAGAAGAUGACAUCCAAGAAGAAGAGCAGCUCGAACAGGCCAUCAAGGAGCAUCUCGGUCAAGGAAGCUCCCAGGAAAUGGAGAAACUGGCCAAGGUGAGCAAAAGGAUCCCUGUAGGAUCCCUGAAGAAUGAGGACACUCCAAGCAGGCAGUACCUGGAUGAAGAUAUGCUCCUGAAAGUGCUGGAGUACCUCAAUCAAGAACAGGCAGAGCAGGGAAGGGAGCAUCUUGCCAAGAGGGCCAUGGAAAACAUGUAAACAGCUUUAAUGCCCAAUCUCCCUUCUUUCCCCCAAGUGAACCCCCUACAUUUCUCUUAAGUGUGUUGAUCUCUAUCCUGUUAACAGUGUAAUAUCUUUAAGUGAUGUACAGGCAGAUGACUCCAGAUCAUUUUGGGGGUCUGCUUCACUUAUUCUGAGCUGUUAUGUUAUGUAUGGAUUUGUGUAAAUGUUAUGAUUCCCAGAUUUAAAAACAUAUGUUCUUUAUUCAAGAAAGAUAUCUAUGAUAGUGUUGACUAAUGUAUCUAAUGGUCAUGGUAUUGACAAUGCUCAUAUAUGAUAAAGAGCAUCUUAUAAUUAUCUUGGAAGUUUUUAACAUUUAUUGAAUUAUUUUGUUACUGUCUGUAGUGUUUUGUGGAGUUCUGGACCAAAACCAAUAAAGCAUUAUAAAUAUAUAGUUUUACUUAUAAGGCCUUUUCUAUUGUGUGCUUUAUUGUUGAUUAAUAAAUGUUAUUUCUGGAUACCUUUGGACUUUUUAUUCUGGAAACCAGAAACAAGUGGCAUGAAUCAAGCAGCAUGGAGCCAGAGGAGAAAAUCAUUACUGACCACAGGCAAUCCAGGUAAGAAAUGAAUCUCAUAUGUGAUCAUAUUUUCUGCUUACAGGAUGCUGUAAGCAUUCUCCAACAGCCUUAUGUCUCUUCAUGUUUUCCACAUACCUCAUUAACAAAACAAGACUUUGGGUAUAAUUUUUACACUUUAUAUUAAUAGAAGACAUUAAACUUUCCACACUCAUCACAAUAUCAAAAUGAAAGAAA